CGGGAAGGAAGCGCAUUGCGUGUGAGUGUGCUGAUGACGCCGAAGUGAGCCUCACCGUCAAAUCCUCCUGUGGUCAUUUCUCGUCGAGAACUUCGGGUGGGCGAGAUUCUCUUCAUCGCGAAACGACUGACUCCAGUUGAUUCUCUGUCUGACGGUGUUUUGUGUUAUGCUGCAGGUGAUGUGAUGGACCCUUCGAUGAUGAGCUCUCUUCAACAUGACAUCGCAGGCGCCUCAGCGACGCAGCAGCAGCAGCCACUCAACCGGCGAGAGGCCAACGCGUCGAGGCAGCUUGCCAGGCCCGCAUUCGAUACCGCUCCCAAGGACACUCUCGAGAGGAGUAUGCGGCAGGGCGCCGACCGCACCCUCAUCCGGCAGGCCUUCGCGGCACUCGUCGAGUCCGACGCCACGGCCAAGGACAUCCGCGAGGAGGUCCUCAAGUACGCCCGUGAGGAGGGCCGCGAGCCGAAGCGAUUUCUCAUCUUCUCCGAGCCGCAGAGCGGCUUCCGCACCGGCGGCGACACGUACAAGAAGUACAUCCCCAUCUCGGUGCGGCACGUGGUCAUCAACAACUCCCAUGUGAUCGUUGAGGGGGCCAGUGCGAGGAUCAUGGUGCACAAGACCGUCAAGGACGCGGACAAGGCCUAUGGGGGGCGGGUGGCGGACAAGCAGACGGCGGGGGAGCCGUGGGAGGACCCCAGUGUGGUGGUGCUCAAGGUGCGGUACGUCGACGCUUCCCACCCUGACAGGGCUCAGGUCGCUGCGGCCGAGUGAGUUAAGGGUGGAGGGAGGGAGGGAGGGAGGGAGGGAGCGGGCACAGUCAAUACACGAGAUGGACACGGACGAGUGGGGGUGUUGUGUUGUGUUGUGUUGUGCGAUUGGCUAUGGUCAGGGCGUCGGGUCAGCAGGUGGCUUGGUGCAACAGCACCAGGCUGGCGGCGGCCCUCUUCGAGGACGUCACCCAGCCGUUCGCCGACCGAUACCGCCGAUCUGCUGCCAAGAAAGAAGACGUAAGCAAAGCAACCCGUCCGUCCUCACAUCCACACACGCACGAACCACACUGAUGCGACGCACAGCACAUUCUCUGGUUGACCACACUGAUGCGACGCACAGCACAUUCUCUGGUUUAAUGUCAGGCCUCUGCUGCGCAAGACCAGCCUUCCAUGCCCGCCGACCCCUCCCCCGUCCGUAUCCCUCUCACCCACACCGGCGGACUAGACGCAGCCAACGCACCCAGUUCAGCGGCGGCGGCAGCUGCGUCAUCCAGCCAGGAGCCUCACCCGCCCCUCCACCUCAUCCCCCACCAGCAGCAACGCAAGCGGCUGCCAAUGGCCGGCGUGCGUCCCCAGCUGCUGCCCAAGCGCCAGGUGAAGGGCCGCGGCCGCCACAGCGUUGCGAUGGCCCAGGUGGAGGCCGAGCCGUUCUCGCAGCGUGUGGGGCCCAAGGUGAUGACAGCCGGGCUCAUCCAGCGGCUCCACGACGGGUACCUCAAGAAGCGCAUGACCGAGGAGGUGGAGGCGAGCCUGGCGCAGGAGUAUGGGGUGGAGGUGUCGAUGGUGAAGCAGGUGCUGCGGCAUUCGCUGGAGGGCUGCAAGGAGGACUUGGGGGCCUUCUGGCAGGUGGAUCGCAUGUUGGAAGGGGGGGCCAAGGGCAAGGCCACCUUCGACCAGGAGAGGGCCGCUUGCGAGAAACAUGUAUGCAACAAACCAACGAAACACAAGCGUUAAGGGAAGUGACGCAUUCAUUAUCCUGUUUGUGGCUGCCCGUGUGCUCAGAUGGCGGCACUGCAGCUGCAGCUGCAGCAGCAGCAGCAGCCUGACCCAUACGCCAACCUCUACUUCACUGAUGUGAGUGUUCCCUCCCACACAGAGAGAGAGGCGCGCGCACAGCCACAGCCACAGAGAUGUGUGUGUGUGUGUGUGUGUGUAGGAUGCCCAUUCCGAGGAGCAUCAUCUGCGUGUGGCCAUCCAGCAGCUGUGCGAGCGUGUGCCUGGCGUCUACGGCCUCGUCCCCGACUGCGUGGCGCCUGUGCGCGAGGACUUCCGUGUGGCCAUCCAUACCUGCCUCCACCACUGGUCGCGACACGUGCUCGUCGAGACACAUGAAGCUGCCAUGGUCAGACAGACAGACAGACAGACAGGCAGGCAGGUGACACACACAUGAUGUGACAGCCAGGUGCACGUGUGUGUGUUUGGGUAUGUUGACUCACUUCAGAAGGCGAUAAGUUUUCUGCAUGAGCAGCAGGUGGUGUUGCCCGUGUUGACGUUCGUGAGGGUGACCGACCAGGUCGGCGACCCCGACAUCGACUCCAAACGCUUGUAUGUAAAGACAGACAGACAAAAAGAAGAGAAGAGGCCGUGCCGUGCCGUCUCUUGCUUGCAAGGAUGAUAUGAUCAAUCCAUCCAUCAGGUUGCCGCGGCCCACUGGUGACGGCGUGUGGCCGGCCGUGCAGGUGUGCCAGUUCCACACACCGCACAUCAGCAUGUUCUUCGAGGUACACAGAUACCGAGCACAGCACGCUCAGGCAGCAAGACGGCCACCCAACAUGGGUCUCUCUGUGUGUGUGUCGCUUGCCCUGCAGCGUCUGCUGUUCAAUUUGAUCAUCUGCGAGACCGUCGAUCUGUGCCACCAGCUGGCAAAGUGAGCAAGCAGGAGACAGACAGACACGUACCGAAGAACAGACGACACGCACACGGACAACGCAAUGUGCUCCCCUCCCCUCUCCUUGUCCGCAGGUCGCCCGUGUACGGGAGCGGCGGGUGGCUGUACGUGUCCAAGGACGGCCAUAUGGUGCAGAACUCCUAUGCUGCGGCCCACCCCAUGCAGCAACAGCUGCACCCCCAUGGCCAUCAUGACCACCCCCCGCCACACGCAUCUCCACAGCACGUCGGUGCCCCUCGCGCAGAUCUGCACCAGCCGGACCCACACGCGCAUGCCAUCCCCCCAAUGUCGCAGGGGACCCACCCUGACCCUGUGGCUGCUCAUUCUGGCGCCGCUGCAGCUGCUGCGGCGCAUCCGGGACAUGCACAUGUGGCACACCACCAUGGUGCUGCUGCUGCUGCUGCUGCUGGGGUCAGUCCGAUGGUAAGGAUGCGCGCAGACAUCGUCUGUCCGAUCUGAGCGAGUGGGCACACGAGCGUGCGCAUGUAUGUGUGUCUGUGUGUUGUGUGUGCAGGGGGUGGGGCACGCUGCGGCCAUGUUGCAGAAGGCCGACCUGGUGCCGCUGCCGCACGGCUGAUGCAUUCAUUCUGUGUAAAGGCUAGUGACCGAAUCCGUGCAUGGGGAAUGGGAUGCACGCAGAGCAGCAGCUA